CGACUUUUAUUAGCUGACGUGUUUUUAUUUACUUAGGAAAAUGCCAAUGGUGAUAUUCCAUCACAGUUAAUACAAUUAUUUACAUAAAAGGGCUUAAAUUAAGUUUGGAGAUUAAUAAGUAAUUUUUUGCCUUUGUGCACCUCAAGUGUAUUGUCACUUGUCAAAAGUUUGUCGCCCCUAACCUCAAAACCCAAAAUGAUUCACAGUUUGUUUAUUAUUAAUUCGUCAGGUGACGUUUUCCUGGAAAAACAUUGGCGCAGUGUGAUUUCACGAUCGGUUUGUGACUAUUAUUUAGAGGCCCAAAGGGCGAACCCGAAUGACAUAGCCCCCGUGAUAGCCACCCCCCAUCACUACUUGAUCUCAAUCCAGCGAAGUGGUGUUAGUUUUGUCGCCGUGUGUAUGGAGGAGAUCCCCCCAUUAUUCGUGAUUGAAUUUUUGCACAGAGUUGUUGACACGUUCCAAGAUUAUUUCUCCGACUGCACCGAAUCGAUAAUUAAAGAGAAUUAUGUCGUAAUUUACGAAUUGCUAGACGAAAUGUUGGAUAAUGGGUUCCCUCUCGCAACUGAGAGUAAUAUUUUGAAAGAAUUAAUCAAGCCGCCUAAUAUUCUACGAACAAUUGCCAACACUGUCACAGGGAAAACCAAUGUGAGCGAAGUAUUGCCAACUGGACAAUUGUCAAAUAUUCCAUGGCGACGUACUGGAGUCAAAUACACAAAUAACGAGGCCUACUUUGAUGUGAUCGAAGAAGUCGACGCGAUUAUAGAUAAGUCAGGCUCCACGGUUUUUGCCGAAAUCCAGGGUUAUAUCGACUGUUGCAUCAAACUGAGCGGCAUGCCCGACUUGACUCUUUCGUUCAUGAACCCGCGCCUUUUCGACGACGUCAGUUUCCACCCUUGUGUGCGUUUUAAGCGGUGGGAGGCCGAACGAGUGUUGUCAUUUAUUCCACCAGAUGGCAAUUUCCGCCUCAUUUCGUACCACAUAAGCAGUCAAAGCGUCGUCGCGAUCCCGAUUUACGUCCGACACAACCUGUCGAUCAAAUCGGGAGAGCAAGGACGUCUGGACUUGACAGUGGGCCCCAAACAGACCCUGGGGCGAACGGUCGAGGCCGUUAAAAUCGAGGUGCUGAUGCCGAAAUGCAUCCUCAAUUGUGUGCUCACUGCGAAUCAGGGGAAGUACAACUUUGACCCGGUUUCGAAAAUUUUGCACUGGGAUAUUGGCAGGAUUGACGUCACCAAACUGCCGAAUAUUAGGGGAAGUGUGUCAAUCGCCAGUGGGGCCAACACUGCGGAGAUUAAUCCGUCCAUAAAUGUGCAUUUUACGAUAAAUCAGCUCGCAGUGAGCGGAUUGAAAGUUAAUAGACUUGACAUGUAUGGAGAGAAGUAUAAGCCUUUUAAGGGGGUGAAAUACAUAACGAAAGCGGGACGAUUCCAAAUCAGGAUGUGAGAAAAAUGUGCAAGAACCGAUUUUUAUUUUUAUAUAAAUAAGUUGCAAAUGUAUUAUCUCAUUGUCAAUAAAUGUUGAUUAUUUAA